AUGCCAGCAUUCACCAGCCCUAGAUGCCAGCAUUCACCAGCCCUAACACUCCCCUCACAUGCGCCCCCCUUCCCCCCCAACCCCCUGCCAGCGUUUGCCUUCAGCGACCACUUCGAUCGCGCCUUUGGCUUUGUCUUUGACUGCCCGCAGUGCCUGCUCUACCUCGUGCUGGCCUCUGUGCCAUCAGCUUUGGCAGCCUUCCUCACAGCGCUGCUGCUAAGAAUCUCUGGCGGGCUCGUCUCCUCUCUUGUCUCACGGGUUAUCAUAAUCCUGCUGCUCUUCCCUCUGGACCCCUUUGCACCGCUCUGGAAAGUGCCUCAAAUCCUGACGGGCGUGGUAAGCAUGAAGAGGGGCCUUUUUAGCCCUGUAAGCAUGGUGAGAUCCGAUAGGGGGGUCUUCCUAGAGAGUGUAUGGACGCAUUGCACUCUGGUCCUCUUCGCACCGCUCUGGGCCACAUCUUGA